GCCUGGGGUGCAGUCAGCGUUCACAUUCAUGUUGUAGGAGAUCUUCCACAUCUUCCAAACCAUGCAAAGCAGAUCUUCAUGGAGCUGGCUUUGUGCACAUUGUCAUGCAGGUUUGGGUCUCCUAUUUUAAGUGGAGGAAAACAUUUCAAGCUCCUGCAUCCAAAGACGUCCUACACAUUUGUGUGCCUCAAAAGUUGGAGAAGAAGCACAUACCGCUACAGAAAGUCGGGUGUCCCAAUACUUUUGGCCCGAUAGUGUGAUUUUUGAUGUUCUUCACUCAGAUUGCUCCCAGGGUUCACUGACCAUAACGAUAACUAAUAAAUAUUUAAAUUAACACACAUCGUCACUGAGACCAGUUGGUAUACAGGUUGUGGUUUUCUUUGUUGUAUUUUUUCCAUUUCAAAUCAGAGUGCACUUUUAUUUCCACCAUCAUCGCCAAGCCGUUCAGCAAACUCCCACUUUGACGGAGCAGAAAGCAGGAACAUAAAUAACUACACUUUUCAUGCACCAGCUGCCUGCACAUCUCCAUCCUCCCUGUAACUUCCUGAUGAUGUGUGAUGCUGUGUGUCAUCGUGUGUAACCAUGUAGACCUGCAUGUGAUUGAAGUCACCACGUUUCAGAAUAAAAUAACUUCUACCUGCGACGUCACGAGCGAUUUGUUCCUCAAAAAAAAAAAAGCAUGUCCAGAGGUUUUACAUCCUGACCAGUGAGACCGUGUCUGCUGGACUAAACUCCAUCUGAAACACAUUUAUAUCAACAUUUUUUUUCCUGAAUAUUUAUUAAAAUAUUACCAAUCGUCUAUUCUCCUCUUUUCAUAGCUUUUUUUCAGCCACGUCACUUCCACUAGUGUAUUUUAAACUUUCAAUCCAAUCAUUGAGUCUUCAGAAUCAGCAGGAUGGCUCUCCAUUAGCUUCAGAUACAUGAGAAUGAAGCUGUUGCUCUGAAGAUUUUGAGUUGUGACUUCGGGGUCCUCUAGCAGGUGUCUAAAAACGAGGUGAAGGUCUGGAUUCCAUGGAGGACAGUCCAUGUGUGAAAAUGAUGACUAUUGCUUCCAUUUUUUUUACAAUUUGAGUGUGUAGAUGCCUAUUCAGGUGAAUCACAUAGGAAAAUAAAUCGAAUAAAAAAAGAGUGAAAAUAAAGUACUAGUGUAAAAAAAUAUUCAUAGGAAUGCACUAAUAUUUAAAUGGUAAUUAUUGAUAUAAAUUCGAUGAAAAUUCUGAAGGUCAUACAAGGACACUGAUUAUUCCUGAUUGCAGCUUUUGUUAAAAAUCGUAUUUAAAGAAUUACUUUCAGUUUUUAAUGAUGGAUGUUUUCACGUUUUGUACCUGAGACACCUGAGCUGAGCACGUGCCCAAGUCUCAUUUUGAGGAUGGACAUUUUAUUGACCUCUGAAUGGUGGGCGGAGUCUACAGUGAUGAGUGGGCGGAGUCUACAGUGGUGAGUAUCACAUGACACAUUGGGUCUCACUCAGGUCUGAAAAUAUACAUGUUGAUAAAGGAGUCAGGUGUCGAGCUAAAUUUAAACACGUUUUACUGUCAUCAAAAAACAUAACCUAUAUACACACUGUCUGGCCAAAAGUAUUAGGACACCCGAUUUUUGUUCCACCAAUUUUGUGCACAAAGCUGCUCAUUAAAGAUCUCCUUUACAUGGGUUGGAUGUGUGUGGAAGAUCUCCUGCUUUAUUUAUAAAUUACUGUUUAUUCUAAAUAUUAUGAUAUUCCUUCUAUAUGUAUUAUUUUGUUGUUCUUACGCUUCUUGGCCACUAGAUCGCAGCAAAAACACAGCAGUCUGCCUGAGUCACGUGACCCAGCAAACAUGGCGCCUCUGUUAAGCUCUCCCUGCUUUCCUCUCUGUCUCGCUCUCUCUCUCCACUCUCUCAUCUCUCUCAUUCUCUCUCUCCCCCUCUUUUAUUCUCUCUCUCCCCCUCUCUCAUUCUCUCUCUCUCACUCUCGGAAGUGAAGUUCCUCACGAGCAGGAUGUCCGAGACCUCCAUGAACCCCACCAGAAGAGCUGAGGAGAUCCUUGAUGAGAUCUAUUCCGAUCUGCUUGAGUGUAAAGUGUGUUUCGAGACGUUUUCAUCUCAACCCAGAGCUCGAAGACCACGCAACCUUCCCUGCGGUCACGUGAUCUGUCUGGGGUGCGUCUGCGCCCUGUCUCACACCGUGUCCCAUCGUCUCGAGUGUCCUUUCUGCAGGAAGCAAUGCGGUCAAGGUGACACCUACGAAUGCCAGGUCCUUGUCGACCUCCAGGAAACCAUUCGUCCGUUCUUCCCGCGAAAAAAAACCCAAGAAUCUGAGGGAAAUCUUGGGUCAGGGGUCAUGCAGUUGCAUGGUGCCUUCGGGGGAUGGGGUCCGCUCAUUAACCCGACGGGUGUGGUUGUGUUCAGGGCGUCGCAGGACGUUCUGGUGGCCCACGGCGGGCACGAGCGAGUGACCGUGUUCGGGUGUCGUGGUCAGUACCUGCGCAGUUUUGGGCGCUACGGUCACGACAGCUUUGAAAUCUGCCAUCCUUUAGACAUCGCCGUUGCUCCCGGCGGCCAUGUCGUCUUGGCGGAUGCUGGAAAUCGCUCAGUCAAGGUGUUCUCGUCAACAGGACGUCCCCUGGCCACGGUCUCAGACCUGUUUCAGCUCCCUUGGGGUGUUGACGUGGACCUCUUGGGGAACAUCCUGGUGACGGAUGCCGAAGCCGGAACGCUUACGCAGAUCGUUCUAGACUUCGGAAGCGGCGUGGUUCUGGCGAAGAAGGUCACGGUGAAAGAUCUGAAGACCCCCCGAGCUGUUGCUUGCUGUAAAGCAUCUAGACGCGUCGUCGUGGUGGAACAUCUCCAGGUGCGAGAAGACGCAGAGCAGACGCGCCUGAAGGUGUUUGGAAGAGAUUUUGAGCUCCUCAGGCAGAUUGACAAUUUGAGGAUGAACAUCUCGGCCGUGACCUUCAACAGAAACGGUGGGCUGCUGGUAGCCGAUACGCAGCGUGGACUCGUGUGGAGUUUGGGGGACGUUUGUGAAGCUCCAGAGAUGAUUCCACUGGUUCAAGAGGGACUGGUGCGUCCGGUGGGAUUAGCGACAACUGACGACGACACGCUGAUCGUCCUGGAUGCUGGAGAUCACACCGUUAAGAUGUACAUGAGCCGCACCGAGGACUUAUACAGCGAUCGACAUUCAGAGAACUUCGAAUUAUGACGUCAUAAGGGUUUCGUGUGUGUGUGUGUGUGUGUGUGUGUGUGAGUGUGUGUGAGUGUGUGUGUACAUAUAUAUGUAUUUUAUUAAAUGAUGUUUGGUAGAUCGUAAUAGUAAAAUUAAGGGUUACAUUUCAUUAUUUAUUUGAAAUGAAAGAAAAAUGCUUUUUAUUUAUUUAUUUAAUUGUUUGUUUUCUGGGUGGAAAGCCUUUUCUCUUACACACACACACACACACACACACAUACCACAUCAUAAGUUCGUAUAGACGAUGUGUUUCACCCAAACUAAACAUCCAAAAAAAACGCAAAUAAAUCGCAUGACUCGGUGCAAAAGUUUCCGCCCCCCUCAGGACGAUUCGAGGCUUUUCCGCAGAUGUUCCUUCACCGAGUGUGUGUGUGUGUGUGUGUGUGUGUGUGUGUGUGUGUGUGUAUAGUGUCACGUUUACGUGUUUGUACGCAAUGAAACAGUCAAAUAAAACAUACACAAUAAAAUACAAUUGAUAUUAA